AUGAAAGGUCGAGUGAAUAAGGAGGGUGAAUGGACGGAUGUUCGACGAUGGAAACUUCCGGCUAACCAAAUGAUCACGGCGUUCUACGCGACGAACAUACCGGACGGGGCGAACUGUAACAAGUUGAGAGAGGUUUUCAUGGAGUAUGGCGAGGUGGUGGAUAUAUACAUAGCGAGAAAAAAGGAUGCCAGUGGUUCCAACUUUGCCUUCAUCAGGUGUAGACAAGGUUCACAACAUGCAGUCUCCCCUACGGUCAUUCAUCUUAAUGUGCAAGAAUAUAAAGCAGAUAUGUUCGUCAUGAAGGCUCUGGCUGGAAAAGUACAUAGUCUGGAGCAUCUUUAUAAUUUUCCAACGAUCCUUGAAGCCUAUGGAGUAGAA